ACGUAACGUAAAUCCUCGUAAAAACGUCGUUAACGAAAACGCGGGCCUUUGUAUUUCGUCGCUAUUUCCUCGUAAAUGAAAACGCGGGCCUCUGUAAUUACUCGUAACUUUACGAGGAAAUAACGAGGACAAGUAAUCUUAUAUAUCCCCGAGCGAGCUCGCUCUUUCUUUCCUCUCCACUUCCUCUCCAAUUUCUCCCUAUUUCGCAGCAAUGGUAAGUCUCUCUAAUUCCUCUCUAGUUUGAUUAGUUUAGGAUAGAUUAGGUGAUUAGUAUAGGGAAUUUAGAUAGGUUUACGGAUCUUAUGUUAUUUAGUGUUGAUUAGGUGGAUAAUGUUGGGAAGUAUUUUACAAAAAUUUAAAAAAUUAAAAUUUUUUCUCAGGUUUGAAAAGGUAGACUUACUGCCCAUUACAGAGAGAUGUUCGGUGAGCCGGGUAGUCGUUUAGACCCGUCGUAUUCUUCAGCUCCCGGUUCUUCGGGUCAGGAAACUGUCCCCGAGACUCAGUACACUCAGAGAGUCUUUGGAUCUCCUUCUUCUAGUGCACCAUCGGUUCCUCACGUGCCUCCCCCGAUGGCUCCUCCUCCUGUGGCUUCUCCGAUGGCACCUCCGAUGCCCGCCGAGAUUCAUCCCGAUUUGAUGGUGCCUCCGAGUGCUCCUUACUCGCAGUACACCGUAGAGGACAUUCUCCGUCUGCCAGGCAGAGAAGGUUUACCAGUCAUCGACCCCGACCGACCGGACGGAACUUUGUGGUUUGGGAUUGACGAAUGUCUUGCAUCGGACGUAUCCGACACGAUAAAAGGUUACUUCUCCAUGGCACAUCCGAACUGGAAAAAGACGCAUCACUACUCCACCGAUGGAUUACCCGUCGUCUUAUCUAUACCUGAAGUGGAUAAGCUUUACGAGGAGGUUGUCCCUAAAAAAAAGGGACUGACGUUGGGGAUUGGUUCCGUCAACGAUGUUCCGAGAGCGACAUCGUCUUAUGUUCAGCGACGGGAUGAUGAAGUCUCUCAGCUGCGUAGGGAGUCCGAAGAGCUGCGUAGAGAGUCUACUCAGCUGCGUCACGAGUUGAGCUUGACGCAAUCUGCGUUCACAGCUCGUAUGGGUGGACUGGAGGGCUUCUUGGACGUUGUAGCGGCCACAAAUCCGGAAUGGGAGACUUUGUUGAGGACCAUGCGACAACAAAAUCCUAUCCCAGGCCAGUCACCAACCGACGACUCACAUGCCGAGGCGGAUGUAAUGGCGAGGAGUGAUGAAUUCUACCAGACGAUUAACGACCACCACCCUUAGUUCUUUUUAAUUUUGGUUCUUGUAUUAUGAAUUAAAAACUUAUUUAUAUA